GCAGGCCACUUGUGACUAAGUACAUGGUGAACGGUCGCUUCGUUUUCGCGUACAGGUCAAAGAGAAUAAAGGGAUCUGUUGUACUGAUGCUGCCUUGCCAAUGACAUGAAAUACCUUGAUCAUAAACUGCAACAAUGGAUGUAAGUGAAGAAUCCAUAGACUCUGAAUGCAAUUUGUUUGAGUUGCCAGCCAAUGGAAAAAAAAUUGGGAAAACCAGAGCAAAAUCUGCACUUCGACAAAAUACACGCACUGGUUUGAUCCGACGUUGCAGACGCAAAGCAAACCCACAGCCAGAGAUUGCCAAGGACCUGAAUGCAAGCGCUACCCUGGAAGGAAAGGUGACCCAUGGCAGACCUAAGGGUGGUAAGACACCCUGUGGGGAGGUCCCUCCAGCCAAAAAACAGAAGCUAGACACUUUGGAACAAACUCAAGACAGUGGGAGAAUUGAGACAGCUAAAGGUUCAGCUUUAACCUGUGAGGGAGAGCCAGCAAGCUCAAAAACCAAGCAUGUAGAAAAUGAUAUUGUGACGGACAAUGUGCAGUUUGAAGGGCAAACUGGGGACUAUCAGCAUAGAAGCAAGAAGAUCAAAGUUGAAGCAACUUCACUAUCUCCUUCUUAUAAACAUAUAUGGAAAAAUGACACUUCACUAAAAACAAAUGUAAACCAGUGUCAUUUCAAUGAAAACUGUUUCGUUUGUAAUAUUUGUAAUGUUACUAGCCCAUCCAAGGAGAGUUACAAAAAGCACAUAUCUUCAGUUCGCCAUAAAAAGCAAGCAAUAAGCACAUGUCAAGAUACAAUUACGAAGGAAGGAUUUAACUGCAGGCUAUGUGGCCACUUAUUGCCUUCACGGUAUGACUUAGACAAACACAUUAAGGAGAAUCAUUCCAAACGAUCCAAGGCACACAUUUGUCCACAGUGCAAAUUCAAGGCAGAGAGUGCAGUCUUGUUGCAAGCUCAUCUCAAGCACAAACACUUCCAGGAAGAGAAACUAAGUUGUGAUCUGUGUGGUUAUCAAUGUUACGAUGAAAACCUGCUGAAAACCCACUAUCGUGGGAAGACUCAUCUUCGCCGCAAGAACCUCGCUGCUAGGGGUGGGUACAUACAUUUGCUUUCCAAAAAGGAUCUUUCUGGUGAAUGUAGUGCAAAAGACAAAGUAAGAAAUGCAAAACUCUUAAAUACGAGGCCUGGAAAUUUGAGAAAGACAAGGAACAGAUGUUUUGUCCAGAAGGAUGCUAAGCAAAGCACUGAGUGUUUGGACAAGUCAACAAGAAUUGGCAAUAAUCUCUGUGUGGAAGAAGGAAACAGUAAUAAAAUGCCAAUGGCAAAUGAUCAAAUAGAGCUUAAUGAUUGUCAUGCUGGAAAGGCAUCUCCCAGAAGAACUUUGAGAAGUAUAAAAGAACCAAGUAAUCUUCUGCAAGAACAUGGUGUUAAUCAAAGACUAAGGUGCUCUGGAAAUGGUAAUGUCAGCCUGAGAUUGUGCAGUGCACGUUGCAAAGUCAAUUCUGAACACAGUCAGAGUACAAGAAGCAGGCUUUCCAAGGAAGAAGUGGCAAACCGAAAGUCUCCAAGAAAACUUCAAAGAAGAGCUAGCCUUUCGACAAAGAAUAAUAGUCGACGUCAAGGCCAGUUCCCUCACAAGAGAGAGGUUUUCCCUGAAGCACAGCAGAAAAGUGGCAGUGUUGCUGGAAGUAAGAAUGGUAGUGUAAAAGAAACAAGUAAACUAAUUAGCCAGGAAUCAAACCAACUUGAAGGAAAACCUCAGAACCAGAGUAAAAGUACUGAUAUGACAUUGACUGAUGCAAACCUAGAGGAUGAGAAUGCAUUUAAAAAAAGUUGCUCAAGUGACAAUCAAGACGGAGCAUCAACCCCAUCAGAAGUUCCAAAUUCAUUAGCAUUGGUUGAAAACAACAUUGAAAGUACUUCAGGGGAUCAAAAUUUUGAGUCCCCAUCUGCCAAUCCAACAAAUACCAAAGCCUCCAAAGUUGAAAAUACUGAAUCAAAGCUAAGCCCUGCUGAUCGUAAAGCCCUCCGCACUUGCUCGUACUGUGGUCAUCUAUUUCAGAACCGAAAAGGCCUAGAGGUGCAUAUCAAGAGACGACACACAAAGGAAAUGGUGUUUCAUUGUCAACCAUGUGGCUAUGCUUGUGUUACAAAAGGCGACUUUGAAAAGCAUUGUCAAAGCAACAGACAUCAGCUUAACUUCUCCAAGAUUGACUGUUGGCUCUGCACCUUUGUGACCUCAGAUGAAGAAACUCUCAAGGAUCACAUGAACCAAAAACACAAAAUAGUUGCUUACUGUCGACAUUGCAAAGUGCACUUUGUAUCAGAGGAUGACCUAGUGGAUCAUGUUGAUACUGAACAGCAUGCAAGAAACAUGUUCCCACAGCAGAAAGAGACCACAACUGAGCAAACUGAAAAAUUGCAACCGAGAGAACUAGAGCUAAAUAAAACCUCUUCUUCAGAUACAAAUGAAGAAUCUACUGUACAGAAAGCAAACCCUUUAAUUGAUCCUCAAAGGUCUUCUAUCACAAGAGUAGUUGCAGGGAAUAUACUAAAACGAUCAACACAUAGUAGGCCCCAAUUACAGUGUAAACACUGCUUUUAUAAAGCUAGAUCUGCCUCAGUCCUUUUGAAACACAUAAGACUUAGACAUGCACAGGAGUAUCGCUUUUAUUGUAAAGUGUGUAGUCUCUAUACUAUUAGCAAGGAAGCUAUGGAGAAGCAUAUUAAACGAACUAGGCACAUUAUGAAUGCCAAGAAACAAAGUCUUGGCCCAUCAGUGGAGGAGUGUAUUGAAGAAGUAUCUGUUGGUGUUUGCGAUAUUCAAAAGACCAUGAAGACCCCGGAGGCUUUAGGGAAUGUCAAUACUGAAAUAGAUAAAGGUUAUGUUCAGGUUCUUGAGCCAUCAAAACCCAAAGAGGAAUUUGUUGUCACUUGGGAAAUACCAGAAAGUGAUACAGGCAAUGUAGAAGAUGCUCAAAAAAGCAGUGAUCUUCAGUCAACAGGAAGUGUUAAAAGAGGACGCCCUAAAGGGAAUAUUUCCAGAACUUGCCUUUAUUGUGGUCUAUUGGCUUCCAGUGUCACAAAUCUGAACAUUCACAUAAGGCGGAAACACAGUCAUCAAUAUAGCUACUUCUGCAAGACCUGUAACUAUUACACUGUCACCAAAGGAGACAUGGAUCGUCACUGCAACACCAAGAAACACAAAAAUCAGGUUGAUGUCUCUAAGACCGAACUUUGCAGAAAAAUUGCAAUAUCUCCAGAUAAGGAUCUUCCACAAGUGAUUGUGAAUGAUGUUGCGUCGGUUUCCAUGGCUGAAGAUGUUCAAAACAGUGGCAAAGGUUUGAAAUCAGAGACCCCUGAUGUGAAGAACCAGUCUGGGAAGACUGAGAACUGUACUCGUGUGAAUUUAGAGAGUUUUCCUUCAACUCAAGUUCAACAGAAAGUGGAAAAUCAAAAUGAGAUCGUUGUAGUUCUCGAUGUGGAAUCAAAUGAUAUGGGACAAAAUGGUAGUUCGUCCAAUUCAAAGCCAAGGAAGGAAAACCACACUACAACUUGUGUGUACUGUGGCUUUAUGGCUUACUCUCUUGCUACCCUUGAGAUGCAUGUGAAACGUAAACACACAAAAGAUUUUGACUACUAUUGUAUGGCAUGUGCUUACUAUGCUGUCACACGACGUGAAAUGAUGAGACAUGCGAUCACAGAGAAACAUAAACUUAAAAGUCAGUCCUACCUAAAAUUAAAUCCAAAUAAAGGGUGUGAUUCCAGUACUGUGUUAACUGUUGCACCAGAGAAUGAACACCAGAAAGAAGGAAAUGAACAUCAAAUGGAUGAAGGGAGCUGGAAUGAAGAGGGGGGCAUAUCAAAAGCUUCUCGAGAUGCCAUCCAAAAGUCUGUGUCAAGUAUUAUUGAAACUGAGAAAGCAGUAGAAGACAGUGAAGUGGUCAGUGCAGCUAAAGAGACAGCAGCAGUGUCCAAGAUGGCAGAAAAUCAGGUAAAAUCCUUACAAGAUGAAGUGGCUGAAGAGGAAGAAAAUACUCAAACUCUGUCGGCUGUAUGUUAUUCAGAAAUUUCCUCUGAAACCUAUUCUGGAAUAUUGGAAGCAAAUACUGCACACUCAAAUGCACCUCUUGACACUGAAAGUCAUGCUGCAGAAUUGAAAUCUGUAUCAUUGGAGUCAGCGGUGUUGGAAACGAUCCAGAAUCAAAUUUCUCAGUCACCCAGUGAGCAAGAUUCAAGUAGUUUUUAUAAAGACAUUGUCACGUCACAGAAAACUAAUGUGAAGAACGAUGAUAUUGAUUUACAUGUUGAAGCUUCUCAUACAGAAGAGGAUGAUUUUCAACAGCUUUCUGAGGCAGGUGACAGCGGGGAAGAUGAACAGAAUGUUAAACCAGCUGAAGUGGCUAAAGAGAUAAGUUCUAGUUUGGAUAGCAGCCCAAAUGAAAUGGUCGAUCCAGGUCAAAACCACCCUGAUAACUGUGACAUUGAAGAAGAAGAAAAUAUGGAAGAAGGACUUUUGGCUUCUGCAAAAGAUGUUGAAGGUAGUUCUGUACAAGAUGGAUGCCAUUUGCAACCUGGGAAGAAUUCAGAACAUACCCAUGUUAACCGUGUACAACAAAUUGAUAGCAACGAUCAAAACAUAGAGGCGGUAAGCGAGGAGAUGUCUGUGCAAGGUGACAUCAAUCCUCCACAUGAUUUUGGAGGGAGUGAAAAUCUUUUGGAUGAUCAAAAUAAAAGGGAAGCAGAUUUAAAGGAAAAGGCUGGGGAUAUGAAAAGUGCAAAUGAGAAUAGUCAAGAAUUGGAAAUAACUGAAAGUACUGGUGACAACCUUAAGCUUGAUUUGCAAGGUAAGGGAUUCCAAAAAUAUUUUGAGUUUGAUGCAUCUAUAGUACGACUAAAGAACAAGUUUGGGAGUGAAAAAUCUGAAUGCACUGAUAACAGUGAAGACAGCCAGGGAGCCGAUGGCAUCUCGCCAGAUGAAUGGGCAGUUGCAGUCUAUAAGACAGAUACUUCCCAAGUUAUGAAGAAGAGAAAGAAUAAAGGCUCUUUAUUUCAGUAUCCCAAACGCAUUCGCUGUGAGGACUGUGGGUUCCUGGCUGAUGGUGUAAAUGGGCUGAAUGUUCACAUUGCCAUGAAACAUCCUUCUGCGGAAAAGCAUUUCCACUGCUUCCUGUGUGGCAAAUCAUUUUACACAGAGAGUAACUUGCAUCAGCAUUUGGCCAGCAUGGGCCACCAACGAAUGGAACAAGAGAGCAUUGAGGAGUUGCCAGAAGGUGGUGCUACCUUCAAGUGCGUCAAGUGCAACACAGCUUUUGAUUUAGAGGAGUACCUCUUUGUGCACAUCAAGCAGAAGCAUGGGGAAAUGCUGAGGGAAGUGAACAAGUACAUUGUGGAAGACACAGAACAGAUAAACUGUGAGCGGCAGGAGAAUCAAGGCAAUGUCUGCAAGUAUUGUGGGAAGGUCUGCAAGAGCAGCAAUUCACUAGCAUUUCUUGCUCAUAUCCGCACACAUACUGGAUCAAAACCUUUCCGAUGUACUCUCUGCAACUUUGCAACAGCACAGUUAGGAGAUGCCCGUAAUCAUGUCAAACGGCACCUUGGAGUUCGCGAGUAUAAGUGCCACAUAUGUGGAUGGGCCUUUGUUAUGAAGAAACAUCUUAGCACCCAUUUAUUGGGAAAACAUGGCAUCGGGACUCCAAAGGAACGGAAGUUUGUGUGUGAAAUUUGUGACCGGACUUUCACAGAGAAGUGGGCCCUAACCAAUCACAAGAAGCUGCACAUGGGCCAGAAACCAUUCAAGUGCACUUGGCUGACGUGUCACUAUUCCUUCCUCACAGCGUCUGCCAUGAGAGAUCACUUCAGGACUCACACAGGGGAGAAGUCGUUCCUGUGUGACCUCUGCGGAUUUGCUGGUGGAACACGCCACGCUCUCACCAAACACAGGCGACAGCACACAGGUGAAAAGCCAUUCAAAUGUGACCAGUGCAACUUCGCUUCCACAACACAAUCCCAUCUGACCCGUCACAGACGUGUCCACACAGGAGAGAAACCUUAUAAGUGUCCUUGGUGUGAUUACAGGUCAAACUGUGCAGAGAACAUCCGCAAGCAUAUCCUACACACUGGCAAACACGAGGGAGUACAAAUGUACAACUGUCCAAAGUGUGAUUAUGGAACCAAUAUCCCCUUGGAAUUCCGCAAUCAUCUCAAAGAGCUUCAUCCAGAUAUUGAGAAUCCAGAUUUGGCAUAUUUACAUGCAGGGAUAGUUUCCAAGGCAUAUGAAUGUAGACUUAAAGGCCAAGGAGCACAGUUUGUCGAAACGGCUGUUCCAGUAAAUCUACCUCGAGUAGUUUCUACUGAAAUUACAGGUGAUUCACUCGGUGGCUGCAUUGAACAGCAGGAAUCAGCUGACUCCAUUGGGCAGGUGUUUAUAAUUCAAGGCUACCAAGUUGGAUGUGGUGAGGAGAUUUCCAUUGAUACGUCAGUUGAAGCUACUGCAGCAGCAACUCUCCAGACUCUAGCAAUGGUGGGUCAAAUGACUCAGGUGGCGAAAGUGAUGCACAUUACUGAAGAUGGCCAGAUCAUAGACACAACUCAGAAUACCACCCAUGUAAGCAACAUGGUUCCUGAGCAAACUGUCACGCAACAGCCAAUAUCAGGUGCCACCCAGGAGGCAGCAGGCAAGGAGCUAACUGAACAAGGGAGUGCUACAGAAGCAGCUGUUGCCAUAGAAACCCUGACAGAUUCCAAUCAAGUUGAACGAGUAGUGACACAAGAAGAUGAGGCAAAGCCCACUUCAGAGAGGCCCACAGCACUGGUUGCACUUCUGUGUGCUGUCACAGAAGUGGGUACAGUAGAGGCAAGAUCAGCUGAGCAGGAAGGGAGUGAGUCUACCCAAGAGGGGUCAUACUCAGUGAAUUCUGCCAUCGAGAAUGUCAUUUCAACUCAAAAGGAGUCAGUACACGAAGGAACAGAGACAUUUCACGAAGACCAAACUGUCCAAGAAACCACAGAGGCUGAGGGAACGGUGUCAAACAUUGGGCAGCAAAUAUCUGUGACCACCACACAAGAAGGAUCCCAAGUUGCUUUCAGUGAUGUGGUGCAGGAGGUACUGCAGUUCACUAUGUGUGAUAUGAGGACAACAAGCCAUAUUGUGAAAGAUGGAGUUACUCGUGUCAUAGUUGCUAAGGAAGGAACCACACAUGUGGUUGAGGGGGCAUCUCAGAUCAUCGUGCAAGAAGGCGAAGAACAAACUAUAGCUACCAAUGGACAUCCAAUGCGCCUGGUAGAUUCAUCUGGUGAAAUAUCACAGAUAAUAAUUACAGAGGAAGUACUACAAGCUAUGGUUCAAGAGACCACGGGUCAUUUAUCUGAAGAAGCAACUCAUGUGAUUGUGACAGAAGUACCACACAGUGUUGUGAAUGGUGAUCACUCAAGGGCAGUAACUGAAGUUUAUCCACAGCGUGUGAUGGAGCUGGUGAAUGAGGACAUAUCAUCCAGUCAGUCAGUGGCAUCAGUUGCCUUGGCAGAGUGUUACACUGAGGACAGGUCAGAAGUAGUUAUGAUUGAGCUGCCAGCUAAAGAAGAACAGGAAAUGGAAAUUGAUGGAAUCCAAGAAGCAUGACUUGGGUUGGGUAGGAAGCUCUGUCAAAAAACAACCAUUUGCUGAUAUUCCAUCAGAUGUACAGUUUAAAGCAUGAGAUGCUCAGUAUGGCAAAUGCAUUCCCUGUGUCUGAGAUUGGGGAUCAGAACCACGAUCUAAUGGAGUGAGAACAAACUGAUUGUAUUGAUUUCACUGGAACAAAGGAAUUUAAAGAAUUUUGCUGCUCAUAACUAUAUCAAGUUAACUUAAUGCAUCCAUUUAUACCAUCCAUUUCUGGUUUUGAGAGUAGUAUAGUGGAGUUAUACAUUGAUCUGUAUGUUGGUGUAUACCCCAAUUCUAUUGCACAAAAUUUCUUAUCUCAGUUAUGACAGUAAAGUGAUUUAGGAGAACAUUGACACACAUUCAAGAACAAUCUCAAUAGUUGUCUUCAGAGGGGGUUCACCUCAGUCUCAGGGAGUGAUCUGGGGAACCACCAAGUGGGGUAAGAAACGUAGCCUGAUAGUAGAUUGGAUAACCCAGUAAAUUUCUCUUUGUUUCCUGACUUGAGCUCUAAAGCCUGAAGGUCCAUUAGUGAACAAAAAUGAAAGUAUAGAAUGUAGCUUUCAUUCUUUCAUUUUCUUCUUUAUAUCAGCAAUGUCAAGAAGCAAAGUGAAAGUCAGCCAGAUGGCAAAAGGGUCAGGAUGGAAUGACAAGAUGGGGGACGGGUUCGGUGGGUGGCAGUUGUAUUGCGCGCAUUUUUCCUAACUUUGUUUUAAAUUCUAUCAACAGAGAAAUUAAAAUGAAUUCAGGCACAUUGCAUAAGUUCAACAACCAUGAAAUUCUAGAUGUUGUUAGCUGUCUCUUUUUGUUGUUGAAAUACUGAUUUCCCCAGACUUAGAAAUUCAGAAGCAUACAUUGAACUUGCUGCGGGUUUUCUUUUGCUUUUUCUUUUUGGGAAAUAGGAGGUAAUAUCAAAAGGUGAGAUGAUUGAAAUUUAAAAAUAUAAGUUUUAUUCAGCUCAGGUUGUCUGUUUAACUAUAUAACAAACACAAUAUAAUAUAAUAAUGUACAAUUUUAUGUUUGACAAUCAUUAA